AUGAGCUCCCAGUUCCUCCUGGCUUUCUUCCUUGUCCUGCUGGUGUUGGGCUAUGAGGUCCAAGGGGCCCAGGGGCUCCAGCAGGAUGAUCCAGGCAGCCCGGCUCUGUUUGGCAAGGUGCAGGAGUCCAUUUCCAGUUACUGGGACACGGCUAAGGCAGCUGCCCAAGAGCUGUACCAGAAAACGUACCUGACCAGUGUGGAUGAGAAGCUCAGGGAUAUGUACAGUAAAAGCUCGGCGGCCAUGAGCACUUAUGCGGGCAUUUUCACCGACCAGCUUUUUACUCUGCUAAAGGGCGAGUAA